AUGAACGAUAUGCUAAACGAAAUUAGUCUGCUAAGGCGCGAAACCAUACAAGAUCAAGUCAAGGUGGAUGGAAAGCCUCUCCUCGAAGCCACGAAUGAGAUCAUAACCCGCGUCAUCAGGGUAUUCAAGACGACAAAGAAACGCGCUGCCACACAAGAGCAGCAGUUGUCCCAACUCGGGUCAACAAAAGACCAGUCGGACCGGAGAAGACAGAACUCCAGACAGGAGACGGUGGCCAAACUCGAGCGUGAAGAAGCUGAGCUCGUUGCUCUGAUCACCCCGGACAACUCGAUAGUAUCGAACUCCGGCAUCUCUUCAACCAGAGAACAGUCUCUCACCUCGUUGCAGGAUGAGGCUCGAGUGGAAGAUGCCACCCAGGAGACUGACGGAACCGCGCCAGACUUUGCUUCCCUCGCUGGAACAGGAGUGGGGGUGAAAGACGGCGAUACCGCAACUGGACCCCAGCAGAUGGUCGAGGUGGUUGAGAACUGGAAACUGACCUGGAGGAGGAGGUUUGGCAGCAGUGAAGAUGGGGUCGCAGGGUGGGCAAGACCCUCGCGUACCAAAGUUGACUCUUGCAUUAACCGUAGAUCGCUGAAGCUGACAAUCGAGCGCAACGGGGCACACGAGUGUCAGAGCAACCCAGCCAUAGCCUGCACUGGCUGUGUCAAGCGAAAGACACCGUGUAUCAUCGCAUCGGACGUUCUCCCUCUGCCGGUGGUUCUACCUCUCCCAGAGAGGCACCGGGAGGGAUUUGGUCGACAAGACCCAGGGUUCUGGAUCGUCCGGUGA